AAAAAGAGUGACCAGCUACCAUGGUCCACUCCUUCUCCAGCGAAAGAGAAAAAGGUCUCACAUCGCCAGCCGCGCCCGCUUCCUCUCCACUCCCUUGCAACCCUCGCUUUUCGUUCCACUUUUCCUCUUUCCCCUUCUCCUCUUGGCGUUUCCCCACACGUUCUCUGUCUCUUCUCUCCCUCCCUCUCGCUCUCUCUGUCUCUUAGUUCUAUCAUUUGGAGAAUUGAUCGGAUUUUGUUUGAUAUAAUGCCUCAAUGAGUUUAAGUGACUCAAAAUUCUCUGCGGGCAUGAAAGCUGUGGUUUUUCUUCUUUUCCAUCUGGUUUUGCUGUCCCUGACCGAAGCGCAGAGUCCCGGUUUUUUAAGUAUAGAUUGUGGAGGCACGGAGCAGUAUGUUGAUGAUAUUGGACUUGAGUGGACUCCUGACAAUCGAUUUGUAUUUGGUAAAACUGCCCAGAUAUCUGUCCCAAAUGAGGACCGGAAGCAAUACUCGACAGUUCGAUACUUCCCUGUUGAUAAUCAGAAGUAUUGCUACACAUUAAAUGUGACGACCAGAACUAGGUACCUUCUGAGAGCAACCUUCUUAUAUGGGUACUUUGACAAUGGCACAGUUUUCCCGAAAUUUGAUAUCUCCCUUGGCCCAACCCCUUGGUCUACUAUUAUUAUUUCUGAUGCAAACACAAUAGAAUCAGAAGAGUUGGUUUUGCUUGCUGCUUCUCCAACAAUUAGUUUGUGUUUAUCAAAUGCAACAACUGGACAGCCAUUUAUCUCAACCCUUGAGCUUCGACAAUUUAAUGGCUCGCUUUAUUCUACUGUAUAUGAAUCUCAGUUCUUUCUCAGCUUAUCCGCACGAAUAAACUUUGGUGCUGUUAGCAAUGACUCAGUCAGGUAUCCAGAUGAUCCGUUUGAUAGAAUAUGGGAGUCAGAUUCUGUGAGAAGAGCAAACUACCUUGUUGAUGUUGCUUCAGGAACUGAAAAUAUAUCAACUAGCCUGCCUGUAGAUGUUUCCAUCAAAGAAAUGCCACCUCAAAAGGUGAUGCAGACUGCUGUUGUUGGUCAAAAUGGAUCCUUAACUUAUCGGCUUAAUUUGGAAGGCUUUCCAGGCAAUGGGUGGGCUGUUUCAUACUUUGCAGAAAUUGAAGAUCUUAAUCCGAAUGAAACUAGGAAAUUUAAGCUGUUUAUUCCAGGCUUGCCUGCAUUAAGUAAAGCCACUGUUAAUGUGCAAGAAAAUGCUCUAGGGAGCUAUCGACUAUAUGAACCAGGCUAUCCCAACAUUUCUCUCCCAUUUGUUUUCUCUUUUGAGUUCAAGAAAACAAAUGAUUCAUCUAAAGGACCAAUCUUGAAUGCUUUGGAGAUAUACAAGUAUGUGGAAAUAAAUUAUGGUUCUCCAGAUGCAUCCGUAUUGGCAAGUUUUGUGUCCCGCUAUCCCCUGGCAGAUUGGGCACAAGAAGGAGGUGAUCCCUGCCUGCCAGCAUCAUGGUCUUGGGUGGAAUGCAGUUUGGAUUCAAAUCCAAAGAUAUCAUUAAUUAAUUUGUCAGGGAAGAAUUUGACGGGGAAUAUUCCAUUAGAACUGACUAAGUUGACGAGCUUAGUUGAUCUGCGACUCGAUGGGAACUCACUCACUGGUCCAAUCCCUGAUUUUUCCGGAUGCUUAAAUUUGGAGCACAUUCACCUUGAAAACAAUCAAUUGACUGGUGCACUGCCUUCAUAUUUGGCGGACUUACCAAAUUUAAAGGAGUUGUACUUGCAGGACAAUAUGCUGUCUGGAUCAAUUCCAGCAGGUCUUCUUAAUAAAAACAUAAUUUUCAAUUAUUCAGGAAAUGUGAACCUCCAUAAAGAAAGCAGUGACAAGAGUCACUUGAUAAUUAUUAUAAUCUGUUCAGUAGUUGGAGUAUUACUGUUGAUCGCGGUUUUCUUUGCAUGCCGCUUUUGUGCUGUUCGAAAAAAAAGAAAGGAUUUCCACAAAGACAAUCGUACCAAUGCUCGGCCAACUCAGAAAUUACGUUCUUUCUUCAGCGAAAUUGCUACUGAAUCAGCUUAUAGAUUUCAGUUAUCUGAAAUUGAUGAAGCUACUGGGAAAUUUAAACAAAAAAUUGGUUCUGGAGGUUUUGGUAUUGUCUAUUAUGGCAAGCUGAAAGAUGGUAAAGAAAUUGCAGUGAAAGUUCUUACAAAUGAAUCCUUCCAAGGAUAUCGUGAGUUCAAUAAUGAGGUGUCACUGCUCUCCAGAAUACAUCACAGGAAUCUGGUUACAUUUCUCGGAUACAGCCAAGAGGAUGGAAGGAACAUCCUUGUAUAUGAAUUUAUGCGCAAUGGAACUCUAAAAGAUCAUCUUCAUGGAUCAGCAUCCCUGAGAAGAAGUUUAAAUUGGAUUAAACGCCUUGAGAUUGCCGAGGAUGCUGCAAAAGGCAUUGAGUACCUUCACACUGGCUGUUCUCCGACCAUCAUCCACAGGGAUCUUAAAAGUAGCAACAUUCUUCUUGAUGAGCACAUGAGAGCAAAGGUCUCAGAUUUUGGUCUCUCAAAACCGGCAUCUGAUGGUUCUCAUGUUUCAAGUAUAGUUCGAGGAACCGUUGGAUAUUUGGACCCUGAGUACUACAUCUCUCAGCAAUUUACUGAGAAGAGUGACAUUUACAGUUUCGGUGUUAUUCUUCUAGAGUUGAUUUCAGGUCAAGAGCCAAUAUCAAACGAAAACUUCGGUGCCAAUUGCCGGAAUAUAGUCCAAUGGGCGAAAUUACACAUUGAUAGUGGUGAUAUUAAGGGAAUCAUCGACCCUUCGCUCGGGGACGAUUAUAAUGAACAAUCAGUGUGGAAGAUAGCCGAGAAGGCAAUCAUGUGUGUUAAACCACAAGGGACACAAAGGCCGCCGAUGUCUGAAGUACUAAAAGAUAUUCAGGAGGCGAUCGCGAUCGAGCAAGGUUCAGAGCAAUGUGGAGAAUUGCCGAUUGACAUUUACUCGAAACAUUCGAUAGGAUCAUCAGUGAAUGUGGAACCCAUGGAUUUGGUUCUCCCGGAGCGAAAUAAUUCUUCCCCUGAGAUGUUCAUGCAGCCUGGUCUUCGGUAGAUGAUUUUUUUUUUUUAAAAAAAAAAAUUAAAUAGUGGCCUUGGAAAAUUCUUAUGAGUUGAAGUUGCCUUGGGAUGUUUUCAACAGAAUAGGCCAAGUUUUCGUUGCAGGGAAUGUAUUCAAUACACGUUUGCUUUUUUUGUCCCUUUUAAAUAUUCUACUCACUUUAAUGACUUUUUGUUUGGCAUAUUGCUUAUUGCUGAGAAUUAUAUGUAGCCCCAGAGAACUAGUUUUCCUUUAAAAAGUUGUCUAGAUGGGUAAAGAUAUCAAAGGAACUUUUUUUCUUUU